AUGUCUCGAGCAUCUAAGCUCACUCUGCUGGGCACUUCGCUGGGCACGGUCGGCAUAGUCUUUGCUGUGCAUUUCCAGCAGAAGUUCGAGCGGGAGGCUAUGCACGAAGGUGUUAUCCGCGAUAUGGAACAGCAGAGAGUCAAGCGAGAAAGACAAUUGGACUUCGAUUUGCAAAAACAACUGGAGGCAGAGUACAAACGGGAGCAGACAGUGCAUGACUCGAUAGCAGCAGCCGAGAAAAGUCUUCCAAAUCGAUAG